AUGAAAAUUGUUAAUACAUUUUCAAAACGUCUAAUUCCUAUGAUCUCCGAUCAUCAUCCUCGAAGCUCAGAUUCCCAAACAAAUUAACCCUAAUCAUAGCUAAUGCCGAGAGUAAUCUCAACAAUAUCGUCGUCAUUAUCCUCCUCCGAGCAUUUCACUUUCCUCAGCGGCAGCCAUUCUCCGCCUACAUGGGCAACUCUGGUUGCAGGGUUCUUCUUACUUGUCGCUCUCACCCUCUCUUCUCUCCUCCUUUUCGAUCACCUCUCUACUUACAAAAAGCCAGAGGAGCAGAAGUUUUUGAUUGGAGUGGUACUGAUGGUUCCGUUCUAUGCUGUUGAAUCAUUUGUGUCCUUGAUGAAUCCAGCAAUCAGUGUUUACAUCGAGAUAUUACGUGAUGGUUAUGAGUCCUUUGCUAUGUACUGCUUUGGAAGAUAUCUUAUUGCCUGUUUAGGUGGGGAAGAUAGAACUAUAAUAUUCAUGCAGAGGGAACGGCGUGAAGGUUCAAAGGCACCCCUACUAGAUCAUGGCCAUGAGAAGGGAAUUAUAAAGCAUCCAUUUCCAAUGAAUUAUCUUUUCAAGCCCUGGAAACUGGGUAAUUGGGUUUACCGAGUUUUCAAGUUUGGGAUUGUCCAAUAUAUGAUAGUUAAAACGUUUACUGCUAUAUUAGCAGUAAUUCUUGAAGCCUUUGAUGCCUAUUGUGAAGGAGACUUCAGGUGGAAUUGUGGGUACCCUUAUAUGGCUGUGGUUAUCAAUUUUAGCCAAUCAUGGGCAUUGUAUUGCUUAGUUCAGUUUUACACUAUUACAAAGGAGGAAUUAUCUCAUAUCAAGCCACUAUACAAGUUCGUGACAUUCAAGUCAAUUGUAUUUUUGACCUGGUGGCAAGGUGUGGCCAUUGCACUUAUCUACAGCCUUCACUUGUUUAAAGGCCCAUUUGCUCAAGCUUUGCAGUUUAAAUCAAGUAUUCAAGACUUCAUUAUUUGUAUUGAGAUGGGCAUUGCUUCUAUGGUUCACCUUUAUGUUUUCCCUGCAAAACCCUACAAACUGAUUGCUGAGUGCUUUGCUGGAGCUGUUUCAGUUCUUGGAGAUUAUGUAUCUGCUGAAUGUCCUAUAGAUCCUGAUGAGGUUAGAGACAGCGAGCGUCCCACUAAAUUGCGCCUUCCUCCACCCGAUAUUGAUGAUAGGAGUGGAAUGAAUAUCAAAGAGAGUGUCCGGGAUGUUGUUAUUGGUGGUGGUGAAUAUAUAGUGAAUGACGUAAAAUUCACAGUAACCCAUGCAGUGGUGCCUGUAGAGAAGGGAAUCACCAAGUUCAAUCAGAAAUUACAUAAGAUCUCUCAGAACAUUAAGAAGCACAAUGAAGACAGGAGAACGAAGGAUGAUAGUUGUAUAGCAGCAGCAUCUCCUACGCGGAGAGUCAUACGAGGGAUAGACGACCCCCUUUUGAAUGUAAGUGAGUGCGACACCGGGACUUUCACGAAGAAGAGACAGCAGUGGAAAGCUGGAUACACGAGCGAAAGUGGCGGAGAAAACGACAGUGAAAAGAGAUUUGGCGGUUUCCUAGUCCGGGGCAAUAGGUGGGUGACUAAGGACUGACAAAGCUGACUGGAAAGAGGCGACAGUAGCCGAGGUUUCAGCAUCUAGUUGGAUCAGAUGGCAUAUGUUCCUCUGAUAAGAACCCGUCAGCCUGAUGUUGCACUUUCCACUGGCAUUACCUCACUUCUGGGACGUACGUUGAAGUUUUUACUCCGAGGCUGUGGCAUCUGGGGCGGUAUUGCUUAGUAUAUGACUGACGAAAAUACAUGGUUCUUCUAGAUUGAUUAUUCGUCUGUUAUCUGACCAGUUUUUUUAUCCCAUCAUUCAUUGCACUUCAUUCUUUUAAUAAUGCCAUAUCUCUUCCUUCACCAA